AUGGACACAUCGGCAGCGACCGGCGGGAAGGACGCGGCGGCGGCCGCGGCUGCGCGCCACAGCAGCAGCCGGCGACGCAGUGUGGAGCAUGGAGAAGCGGCGCGAAGACGUGCGCCUGCUGCUGGAUCCAGCGGUUCGUCCGAAGAGCGCGCGCGCUACGAGCUCGAGCGGAAGAAGGUCGCCAAGUACAAGGAGGACAAACUCAAGGCGCGUCGAGACCACACGCGCAUGAUCUUGGAGAGCCACGCGCAGGCGAAACGUCGUGCGCUGUUGGGCAAACAGUCGGAGUUCCUCGCGACGCUCGAGUUUCGCAAUACGCUGCCGGACAUUCCCUUUGACACGAAGUUUGUCAAGUACCCACACGAGUCGGAACGACUCAUCAAGUACAAGCCGAAUACGCUGGAGAUGGACUAUACGUACGAGAUCCAUGAAGAGUCGAAUUUGGGGCUGACGAUUGACCUCAUUGAUCCCGCCAAGUAUGAAGCUCCGGCGGAACCCGAGCCGCUUGAAGUUGGUGAUGAGCAGGCGUUGAUGAUGAGGGAAGACCAUGUCGGCAGCAAGGGCCGGUCGAAAGUGCGUCCGAGCGUGUCUUGGCUGCGACGCACGGAGUAUAUGGGCAACGACCUGUACGACUCGGUGCACAAGUUCAAAAGUGAAGCAGAAAUCCAGAAUGCACUACGCGAAGGCACGGAAAACGCAUUGGCCGAGGUGGUUUCGGUCUCACUGGAGGACCGUGCCGAAGCUUCUUUCCGCGACAUUAAUGAUCCGGGGUUGCUGGUGCACCCGCACGACUCGAAGAAAAAAGUCGCAAAGGUGUGGGACGUCUUUCCGGAUCAGCUCUUGUCUGCCAACAAGUACGCCAUUCUGUCCUACGAUAUGCUGCCUUCUGAAGACUUCAAGAACAAGGGGAUAACAAGUCGCGAAGAACGCGCGUUGCUUUGCGGUGUGAACAAGAAAAUCCAAGCUGGCAAUGAGCUCAUCCAGGGCUCUAUCUUGUUGCCCAACGCAUCUGCAGAAGAGGAGGAUAGCAGCGAUCGCGACAAGUUUUCGUAUCUUCGAGAGUAUCUCAUGUCUGUGGAAUCGCUCGAUAGCCGAGAGACGCAGCAUGUUGUUUUCGUGCUGGACCCCGAGUCUGAUCAGUUUACAUACAGUGAUGUUUUGAACCGCAUCCAGCUGCGGAAAACAAAGAUGAGUGGCGAGGAAAAGCGCCGCGACGGAGUUGUUGUAUACCGCCGGGAUUACUCUGAAGCUGAAAACGAUCGUCGUGCCCAGAUCCUCUUCCGCUGCGGAGGCGUCUACGAUGAUCAGCUUGAUGACGAGGAAAGUGUGCGCGAGCACAAGCGCCAACGAACCGGAGAUAAAGAUACGCCGCCCCCGUCCGACGACGAAGAUACGGAAACUCGUACACCACCUGGAAGCCCGAUCAAAAAGUCAAGCAGCCCUGCUGGCAGGAACGGUGACGGCGGUAGUCCCGAUCCGCGCACCGGCGGUGGUGCUAGCCCCGUGAUCAGCGAUAGCGACAGCGAAUAG